CCGACCGGUGACUCGCCGUCCUCUUCCAAGGUGACGGAGUUGGUGCUCGAUAACUGCCGAUCCAGCAACGGCGAAAUCGAAGGCCUGAACGAUUCCUUUAAAGAGCUCGAGUUCCUCAGCAUGGCCAACGUGGAGCUGACGUCGCUGGCCAAGCUCCCCACGUUGAGUAAGCUCCGAAAGUUGGAGCUGAGCGACAACAUCAUUUCAGGAGGCCUGGAGGUCCUCGCGGAGAGGUGUCCGAAUCUCACAUAUCUAAAUCUAAGCGGCAACAAAAUCAAAGAUCUCGGCACUGUGGAAGCUCUUCAAAAUCUCAAAAACUUGAAGAGCCUUGACCUAUUCAACUGUGAGAUUACGAACCUCGAGGAUUACAGGGACAGCAUCUUUGAGCUGCUUCAGCAAAUCACGUACCUAGAUGGGUUUGAUCAGGAAGAUAACGAGGCACCGGAUUCGGAAGAUGAUGACGAUGAGGGAGAUGAAGAUGAUGAUGAUGAAGAUGAGGAUGAAGCUGGUCCUCCCGGAGAGUAUGAAGAGGAAGAUGAUGAAGACGAUGGAGGUUCUGAUUUGGGGGAAGGGGAAGAGGAGGAGGAAGUCGGUCUUUCGUACCUGAUGAAAGAAGAAAUUCAGGAUGAAGAUGAUGACGAUGACUAUGUUGAAGAAGGAGGUGAUGAGGAGGAGGGAGCAGGGGGCGUCCGAGGGGAGAAGAGGAAACGAGACCCUGAAGAUGAAGGCGAGGAAGAGGAGGAUUAA